CGCCUCUUCUCGAUCGAUUGGGGCCGGCGCUGACUCGGGAUUGGUCAAGGAAGCCGUCAUUUGUCCGGGCGAGUUUUGCUGCCCUCUUCUUGUCACGCCGCCGCCACUCGGGGUUGGGGCGUUUUUUUGCGCGCUGCCGCUGCCCUUCUCCUCCUCCUCCUCCUCCUCCUGCCGCCGCUGCUGCUGCUGCUUUCGAUGUUCUGAGGCAGAAGUGAGGGGAGCGGUGGCGGCCGCUGGACCUUCUCCCCUUUCCUCUCUCUCUCUCUCUCUCUUCUAUCAUCUUGGCUUGGCCCCCGGUUUGGGGGUGGGGUGGGGUGGGGGAGCGCCUUCUCCGCCAUGGCCACCAGCACCACAGGCUCCACGCUGCUGCAGCCUCUCAGCAACGCCAUUCGGCUACCCAUAGACCAGGUCAACUUUGUAGUGUGCCAACUGUUUGCCUUGCUGGCUGCUGUGUGGUUUCGAACUUACCUUCAUUCAAGCAAAACUAGUCCAUUCAUAAGGCAUGUUGUUGCCACACUAUUGGGCCUUUAUCUUGCACUUUUUUGUUUUGGAUGGUAUGCCUUACAUUUUGUUAUACAAAGUGGAAUUUCAUACUAUAUCAUGAUCAUUAUAGGAGUGGAAAAUAUGCACAAAUAUUGUUUUGUUUUUGCUUUGGGAUACCUCACUGUGUGCCAAAUUUCUAGAGUUUAUAUAUUUGACUAUGGACAAUAUUCUGCUGAUUUUUCAGGCCCAAUGAUGAUAAUUAUUCAGAAAAUUACAAGUUUGGCGUAUGAAAUUCAUGAUGGAAUGUUCCGAAAGGAGGAAGAACUGUCACCAUCACAGCGAUGCUUAGCCGUGAGACGCAUGCCAAGUCUACUGGAAUAUUUAAGUUACAACUGUAAUUUCAUGGGUAUCCUGGCAGGCCCAUUAUGCUCUUAUAAAGACUAUAUUACUUUCAUUGAAGGCAGAUCAUAUCAACUGACUCAGUCGGAAGCAAAUGGGAAAGAAGAAAUAAAAUACGAACAAACAGACCCCUCCCCAAAUAUAGCUGUGGCGCAGAAACUUGUAGUGUGUGGACUAUCCUUAUUAUUUCACAUGACUGUUAGCAAAACUUUCCCUGUAGAAUACAACAUUGAUGACCAAUUCAGAGCAACAGCAUCUUUUCCUACAAAGAUUAUCUACCUAUACCUGUCACUAAUGGCUGCCAGGCCGAAGUAUUAUUUUGCAUGGACUUUGGCAGAGGCAAUUAAUAAUGCAGCUGGAUUUGGCUUUAGAGGUUACGAUAAAAAUGGAGUCCCACACUGGGAUUUGAUUUCAAAUCUACGAAUUCUGCAUAUAGAGUUUUCAACAAGUUUCAAGAUGUUUCUUGAUAACUGGAAUAUACAGACAGCACUUUGGCUCAAAAGGGUAUGCUAUGAACGAGCCUCUUUCAGUCCAACAAUACAAACUUUUAUCUUAUCAGCCAUUUGGCACGGGGUAUAUCCUGGAUAUUAUUUAACUUUCUUAACAGGGGUACUAAUGACACUUGCAGCACGAACAAUUAGAAAGAACAUUAGAAAUUAUUUUCUUGAUUCUCCAGCCAUUAAAUUAUGUUAUGAUAUCAUGACAUGGAUCACAACUCAAAUAGCAAUAAGUUACACAGUUGUGCCAUUUGUACUUCUCUCUAUAAAACCCUCCUACAUAUUUUACAGUUCCUGGUAUUUCUCCCUCCAUAUUGCCUGCAUUUUAGUGCUGAUGUUUCCAAUGACAAGAACUCAAAAAGGGAAUAAAGAGCAAGAAAGCAUCCAGCUUUCAUGGUCCAAACAGCAAGAAGAAGGAAAAGAAAAAAGAAUUACGGGACAUAAUAGUUAUUCUGUGGCAAAUAGCUUCAAUCAAAGAAGAGACAUCACAUCCAGAAAUACAGCAACAAAACAAUGAUUACAGAUGCUAUAGAUGCUAUAUUUUAUAUUUUCAAGACCAUUUAUAGCACCUUUUAAAAGGGGUUUGUAUUUGUCUGAAAAAAUGGUUAGAAAAGAAUGCUAUAUCUCUAGGGAAUAUACUAGUAAGAUGAAAGCAAAGCUAAUUAACCACACCUAUGGAUCAUGCCUUAUAUGGAAAUACUACAAUUAUUCCAGUGGGCACUCAGGACCAACAGCGUAUGUCAUCGGCGUGCCCCUAUGCUGAAUGUACAUUGUAAAUCCCUAGGCACUAUGGGGGUGGGAAACCGUUGUGUCAAUCUGGAAUACCAGAAGGAAAAAAUCUUGCAUUGCCUUAAACCCUCUAUCUACUGAAAAGUAAUGUUUCUAAAUAGUAUUUUCAUGUUUAGUAUAAUAUAUUUAAAGUAUAAUUGAAAAGUAAGCUUUGGAUUCUGAGGGACAAAACAAGAAAUGGAAGCAGAAAACCCCACUGCCUGAAGUCAAAAGAAGAAGGAACUGCAAUAAGCACCUCACUAUCUGAAGGGUUUUCGUAGUAUAUCAGGUUUGUACAGUAGAGAAUGGAAAGCAUUGCUAAUGCUAAAUUAUAGUUGGUUUCUAUGAUUAAAAACAGUGGUGAAAGGAAAGUCCUCUGAAAACUUAAAAAAUAUAUAUAUGAAAAAUCAUCCUUUCUAGAGCCAAAUGUUUUAAUUUAAUUUAGCUCUUUAGGAUGAGUAAGCUUUGCAGCAACCUUCACAAAAUGUGCACGGAAUUCCUAUUAAAGCUGCAACUUUCGAAUAACAAUUAUCCUUCUAAAAUCCUAUAGAAAUCAUUUCACCCGGGGGGGGGGCACUAGUAAGGUGGAUCAGAUAUAGAAUUAGUGUGAAAAGGUGCUUAAGAUGGCCACUUAUGGUUAUAAUUCAGUUUAUAUUAAACAAAAAGUGAAAUUGUUAAAUUGGUACUGUCUAGUUGAACACCAUAAACUCUGUAACACCAGAAUACCUGUGAUUUAAAAAAAAAUUAAAGUGGGAUGUAAUAUAUGGGAACCAUAGUGUAAUAUUUGAUAAAAUUUUCCCAACCAGUUCUUUUGUUUCAUAAUUUUACCUUGAAAAUAUAUCAAGGGAAUUGAUAAAUUAUUAAUUGCUUUCUGUUGAAAAUUUACAAUUGGUAAAGAAAUGAUGUGCUAAAGGGCUAUAACUUUCGUUUGCUUGCUUGUUUAUCUGUUAGAUUUUUUACUGAAUGGAAAAGAUGUUAUCUUUAAAAUACACAGAAAGUGACUCAUGGUAAGAAAUGAAAAAUGGCAUUUUGUUAUUAUUAAAAUAAGCUGAUUUUUCAUUCCUACUUUGUUUUAAAACCUAAAUGUUAUAUACCACAUGUCCAAAUAUUUAAUGAAUCCACAAAGAGAGAAAUAGAUCCUGGCUAUUGUCAGGAACCUUGGAAAGAAAUGAUAGAGACAUUUCAGGAGAAAUGUUAUGUUAUCGUAAAUUUGAUCUUCCAAUCUGUUUUUCAAUGACAAAUAAGAGUAGGCUAUAUUUCUUGUUUGGGGUGUUUAUUCUGUUCCGAAAUCUUCCUUCUAGAGAGAACUACAGACAGAUGUGAUUUGUGGAAGGAAACAAAUGAUGCAAAUUAAUAAUUUCCCUAGCAAAUGGAGUGUUCAUUUGGAGAGUAGGUAAUUGAAUAUUAAAGAGGGCUUUCAAGUUGGUGAAAAUAAACUUUAUCAUUAGGAGAAAUAGGCUCGCUGUAUCUCCUGAUGUAAACACAAAAACUCUUUUAGUUUAUUGCAGAACAUAAUGGAGCAACAUGCAAAUAGGUUUAUGAUGGUUUUAUUUGUGCCAAAUUACUUUUCCCUCCCCCCCCCCAAUUCAGAUAUAUAAUGGAAGCUCCAGCUGAAUAUACGAAGUCUUCUUUAUGCAGAAAUCAGCACCAUAUGAGCAUCAGGAAGAAACUAUGUUGGGUACAUGCAAUGAAGCUGGAUAAUAUAGCCUACAGUGAUACCUUGCUAUAACUACUUUCUAUAAUGGCUGCACAUGGCUGCCCAGUUGUUCACUUAAUAUUAUAUUAAAGAUAUCUGUGGCUAUUCAUGGUAAAGAGGAAGAUAUAAAUAUAUUUUGGUGCAUUCUCUACAAUGGUAUAUAUCUGUUAUCUGUAUAAAAAAUGUCAACAUCAGUAGAGGUAGUUCCUAUUUACUGAAGACUAGUUUUCCCUAUCUACAGCCUUGUUCAAUGCUAUUUCAAGAAAAGCUACUUCUUAGAUACAGAUGAAUAGCAUCUUUCUCUCUUCCUCUCCCUCCCUCCCUCCUUCCUUCUCUCUCACACAAUUACUCAGUUUCAGAAUUUACAAGAAAACUCACUUCCGGUGUAUGAAAAAGCAGCUAUUUAUUUUACUCAUAGAAAUCAGUGGAAACCACUGAAAACUUGAAAAACCUGCUUUGUCCACUUUUUACCUACUCCUGUGUGUCUAGUCAUAUUUGAUCUUUUGGGAAUGAAUAACAAGUUCCAAGGGAUAGUGAAGAUGAAGGAUCAAGAGUUCUUUUCAUUUUCUGGCUUAUCUGUUAAUAAACGAAAGUAAGGCCAAGCUUGCUAUUGCAAAGCAGCCUCAAAGACCUGAAAAGGAAACAUGAAAUCCAUUCUGUAGUUUGAAGUUUCCCCUGUCAAUUGACUAUAACGUUAGUAUUUGGAUUCAUGAAAUGUAUGAGCUUCGUACUUGUAUAAUAUUUACAUUAACAGAUUUGCAAAAUAUGCUCUGUACUCUUUAACAUCCUCUUAUCAGAGUACAAAUUCUUUCAUCUGGCACAAACAAUUGAACUCACUUAUUAACUUAAUUAUUUAUAACUUUGUGCAUAGUUACAUGGAAGCAGAUAAUUGAAUAUAAUCUGAUUUAUUUCAGAAUAAAUAGACAACCCCUCCCCCCGUUUUAUUUCUUCCUCUGUGAUAGAUGAUGAACGUAAUUAAACUUUCUUACGGUCAUAGACCAGCAAAAAACACAGUUAUACUGAACUUUCUGGAAAUAUAGUUACAAUAUAUCCAAUCAGUACCGAGGAUCUUAAUCCAACUUAAAGUUGUAACAAGCAAAGUUAUGGGAUGAAAUGACACUAAUUUAUUUUGUAGGUUUGAAACCAGGGAGUAGAAGACAAAAAACAGGGUUUUUUUUUAGUUUUUAAGUUAAUUCCAAAAAGAGAGUUCUUUGUAAAUGAAGUGAACUUGACAUGCUUCACAGUAAAUGCUCUCAUUCCUGAAGAAACUGACAAAAAUAAGAUUUUGUAAGUUUUGACACCUUUUAGAAAGCUGAUAUUUGCAAGUUCCUUGUAAGGUAUUAGUUAUUUUCCCAAAAGAUAUUUAUUUUUCAUUGUUUAUUAUUUGAGUACGAGUAGUCCUCGAUAUAGAACAGUUUGUUUAGUGACUGAUCACAAUUACAAUGGCACUGAAAAAAGCGACUCAUGACUGUUUUUCACACUUACGACAGUUGCAGCAUCCCCUGUGGUCACAUGAUCAAAAUUUGGAUGUUUGGCAACCGGUUCAUAUUUAUGAUGAUGGCAGUGUCCGGGGUCAUGUGCUCCCCUUUUGCAACUUUCUGACAAGCCAAGUCAAUGGGGAAACCAGAUUCACUUAACUGGGUUACUAAGUUAACAACUACAAUGAUUCCCUUAACAAUUGUGGCAAGAAAAGUCAUAAAAUGGAUCAAAACUCAAUGUCUUGCAUAGCAACAUAAAUUUUGGGCUCAGUUGUGGUCGUAAGUCAAGGACUACCUGUAUUUGAGUUUUUAUCCUUGCCCACAAGGAAAUUUCCAGACUUACAUUUUGGAAACUAUUAUUAUUAGAGCUAUGCAAAGCACUAGCACUACAGAAUAUAAUAAUUAUUAUGGAACACCUUUUGCUGGUGCGUCAGAGGAGCUGUAUCCUUUACAAAGUUCACGGGGCUGCUUUGAAAACUGUGGGGGGGGGGGGAAAGAGACAGACAAAGCACAUCCACUGGGACCCCCAAGGAUGUGGCUGCUUCAGUACUAUAUACAGUACUUCCAACAGAGGUGCUUUAUUUGCACAAACGUGCUUUGAAGUCAGUAGUUUAAAUGCUCAACCUUAACUAUAGCAUAAAGUGUUUUACAUAAACUGGGAGAUCAGCCUAUGAAAACCCUCUCUUAGUUCCUUGAGGUUCUACCACCAAAUUCUGUGGCAUAAUGACAGAUACUCAGCACUGCAGCUUUUGAAAAUACAGAGCAGAAACAAAAGGACUCUGGGAUGCAAAUUUCUUCAAACCCACAAACCCAAAAUCACAUUAUAAAAAUGUGCCCGUUUUGCAAUUAAAAAUUAAUAACAUGACUUUGUUAGAGGAUAUUAGAUGGAAAUAACAUUUCUGCCCCGAAAAGGUCUUCCAGUUAAAAGACUCCAAUGCAGAGAAAUAUCUAACCCUUGACUUUAGAAAAAGAUCACUACGGAUACUGGUUCACUCAGUGUUGUUCUACAUACACAUUAGAACAACCUCCUGUGUGAAAAGAAAAAUUAAAAUGAGAAUUUUGCAAGGCAAAACAUUUUAUUUUUUAAACCAAAGUUCAAUUUUGAAAUAUAUUUGUAUCUUCCCACAGUAAUUCCUAUGUGUCCUGAAAACCUCUGCUAGGAAACCAAUCUAAAAGGCCUCGGACGUGGAGUAGCAAGCAUGAAAGUUCUGGGUGUGCAGAUUUUCAUAAACCGGGAUAUUUGUAGUAAUUGUAAUAAUUAUUUUUCUAUAGUAUGUAAUUUCCAUUCUGGGCCAACUUGAAAAUACUGGAAACUUGUAUUGCCCUUUGUCUUUAACAGGUUUCAAUCUUAUUGUCACACCAGUUUUCUUCUUUCUUUUUUAAAAUAUUUUUUUUUUGGCAUUGAUUCAAGUUGAGUCCCUGGGAUCAUUGUCUAGUUCACUAUAGCAAUUUGAUGGGCAGCUCCACUCAUUUUGGCUUUUCUGUUUCCAUUGCACAUACUGUCUCUUUAUAGUGUAAAAUCUGUCUCUUUAUGGCAGAAGUCUCAAACAUUGCUUAGAACAGUGCAUAUCAUAAUUGCAUCUGAACUCAUCAGGCUUUGUAAGAGAACCGAUUCACUACAUUUGUUUUUCUUUUCAGUUUUGUCCUGCUAUAUAUACUUUCAUGUCCUUUUGCUUUUCAUUAUUAUUGAUUCUGUCUAGUUUUCUGUUACCUAUGAUCUUAACAAUGGCAAAAAGAUACAGAGUAGUAUAUAAAAAUACUAUUGAAACCAAACCUCAAAUAUGUUUGCUAGCUCUACAAAAAUAUUCUACAUGUACUGAAUGGAAACCAGCAACACCAUGGACAUAACACAGUCACUAAAGUUAAUAUAAAUGUUAAUCAGUGCAAAAAUAUGAUUGUGGAAUUCAGUUCACAUUUGGAUACAGAUUAAGGGAUUUUUCUUAGUUGAAUGUGGAAACAGUUAUGUAUUUUUCCUCUCCAGUAUCUGCUUUUUAAGAGGAAAAUAUGCUUCAGAAGUGGAUAGUUGCAGUAUUUCCUCAAAUUGCCUUCCCCAAUUCAAAGUAUAAAGACCUUAUUCAUUUUUAUUAUUCCAAUCUCUCUAUAUUUUUAAAAAAUUGUUAUUUUUGAACAGAUCCAUACAAUUAGGUCUUGGUGUAUGGUAAUUUAAGAUACCACUGUUAGUUUACACUGUGAUGUGAUAUUUUAAUAAUUACUUAUUUCUAGUUCUGUCUUGGAGAUGCUACAAUUAUGUAGCAUACUGCUAUGUUUUAAAGGUGUUUUUAACUUACCUAUAAAUGUUUUUCUAAUUUGCAAAUUUCAAAUCUGAUUAAACAAUAGCAAAAAAGGUCUUGUUUUCUCUAUAUCAUAAUUGUUAAUUGUUAGUUUAAAUAUAAUGCCUUACAAAUAAGCUGCAAUGUCUAAUUGAUAAGCCACUAG